UGUCUUUACUACUAUAAAGUUCUAGCAUUCUCCGAUUUACCACAUCCAAACAGCAGCUUCGUAACCCAUCUUUAAUUUCCAAGCAAUUAGACUACAAGCUACUCUGCUAAAUAUGGUUCAACAAUCUCGCUUCUCAUUUUCACUUCUCUUUCUCUUCCUCCACUGCAGCACCAAAAUUUUAGCUCAGGCACCAGCUGCAGCACCAGUAGUACAGCCACCACCAGCAGCUCCAGUAAAGGCACCGCCUGCGCCGCCUGCACAAGCACCAUCAGGAGUACAAAUACAACCAUCACCUGGCCCUCUCGAUGUGGUUAAAAUCCUUGGAAAGGCAAGCCACUUCACAGUGCUUGUUCGCCUAUUGAAAGCUACACAAGUUGAUACAGAAUUGUUCUUGCAACUCAACAACACUAACAAUGGAGCAACCAUCUUUGCUCCAACUGAUGGUGCAUUUUCAGGCCUAAAAGUAGGCACUCUGAAUUCCUUAAGCGAUGGAGAAAAGAUUGAGUUAGUGAAGUUUCAUAUAGUGCCUACAUUUAUAUCAUCUUCACAGUUCCAGACUGUGAGCAAUCCUGUCAGGACAUUGGCAGGAGCAGGUCACAGGUUUGCGCUUAAUGUGACUACAGGAGGCAGUACAGUGAACAUAACUACAGGACUGACCAACACGACAAUUUCUGGAACUGUCUACACCGAUACCAGGCUUGCUAUUUAUCAGGUUGACAGGGUGCUACUUCCUCUAGACAUAUUCACUCCUAAACCUCCUGCUCCAGCUCCAUCACCAGCGGCACUGGCACCAGAAAAGUCCACAAAGGCUCCCAUUGUAGAGUCUCCUGUUGCCCCUAAGGAUCUUUCCGCGUCAAUGAGUUUAUUUAUGCAAAAUAAUGUUGUUUUCCUUGCAGCUGGUAUAGUUUGUGCAUUGAUUCCCUUAUGAGAAAUGCAAGUUUUGACCAGGUAUAUGUUGAGUUGCGAACCCUAUUACUGUUGUUCUAUAAUUUGCGGCGGCUUUGGAUUCUGGAGUGGUGUUUGUCAAGAUGGUGGCUGAUUUUGAAUAAUCCCUAUUUUCUUCCUCAAUUUACAAUCGUAAACAUUAUUGUAUCUUGUCAUCUACAAUCAAGUUCAUGUUGUCACCAAAGAAUACGAAGCUUGUUUAUUGGGAUUUUGUCAUCUACAAUCAACUUUAUUUAUAGAAAAAUAAAUGGUGGAAUGAGUUGUUGUAUUGUAAUGAAUAAUUGAAAAAAUAAGAUGAUUUACUAUUAAAAAUUA